UCAAACAAUUUUGAGCCUUACCAAAUCUAGGAAAACUAAUUAAUUCGAAGACAAAAAACCAUCAUGCUGGUUCGUCACUUCAGCAAAGCAUAAUGAAAACUAAAAACGGCCGUAGUAAACAAACAUUUAAUUCAAUUUAAAUAUUAUUUAUACCCAUUUUUAUUUGGAACUAUUAUUUUGCUUUAUUUUAGCUUUAUAAUGGAUUCGAAAUAUAGUGAUUUUAGCAGUGUUGACGAUGAACAAAUAAAUAAUGAAAAUUUUUCUUAUAAAAACGGAGAAGAUAAAUCUACCGAAAAAAUUCCAAAGGAUUUAUCAUUGUUUCAAAAUACUGUAAAGUUAUUGAAUUUUAGUUCAGAAAUUACUUCAGAUAGACAUCACGAAAACGAAAUUUUUGACAAUUUUUCUGACAACUUUAAUGAAGGUAUAACUCCUUCAGAUAAAAAAAAGAAACCUAACGUGAAACUUGAGGCGGGAAAAAGUACUGUCAUUACAUCUCCUAAAUCUAAGUUUUCUAAGUUAAUUGAAAAAGUAAUCUCAAUGAAAAAUACUUCAAAUCAAAAUAAAAAGCCAUUGCAAUCACUUUCAAUUAACUCUACCACAUCUGAAGAAGAAACUAAAAGUAAUAAAUCUGAUGGUACACAAUCACUGCCAGAUGAUGUUCGUUCAUUAUCAUAUAUUACUAAAUGGUGGCAAAAAUAUUCAGAAAUUCGUAAAUUUAAGAGAACUAAAGCUGCAAAAAUUGAGGAAAAUAAGAUGCGAUAUAAAUUACAGUAUCAUUUUAUGUCGCCAUUUGAAAAAUAUAAACUUGGAAGAAAGCCAUGGAAAUUAGGAAUUCAAGUUUUGAAAAUUAUUAUGGUAACUGCACAGGUUAUUUUGUUUGGCACAGAUCGUUUUGCUUCUGUUGCAUUUAUGAAAAAUACACAAAAUGCAUUUAAAAAUCUUUUUAUUAAAUCAUAUGAUGGUACUACACCAUUCUCUAUCUUCAAUAAACAUGACCUUAUUGAAGCAAUUGCAUAUACUAAUGAAACAUAUUACAAUUUAAUGGAAAUAUCAAUUGGUAAGUUUCGAUAUGCAGGUUUUGUAGAGAAAAAUCCUUCACCAAUAUUAAUAUGUUUGAAGCAGUAUCAGUAUGCUAAUGGUAAUAUGAGUCGUGGAAUAGAUCAAGAUGCAGCAACAACAGAAGAUUGUGUAGAGAUGUAUUCAAAAUCUAUUUUAAGUUUUAAGUUACAUCAAAAUGGUUUCUUUGACAGUGUUGUUUCCAUUCAUUUAAAGUUUAACUUGAGUGUUAUCUUUUGGAAUGGUUUGAAGCUGCGUCAUGUUCCUGAAUGUUUUGAAAUGCAAAAUAAUAUAGUUUUUGACAAUUCACAUCAUGAUGGUCAACUUCGUAUUAACCUUGAAAUGAGUGAAGAUAUUUUGAAUUGUCCAGAAAAGUUUGUGAUAUUAGGAGAAGAUAACAAAAUAGUUCAAGAUCUUUUGAUCACAUUUGACAUAUUGGUCAUCUUGAUCUGUACCCUUUCAUGUUUACUUUGUAUUCGAUCUCUUGUCAAAUCUAUGAUGCUGGCGGAAGCCGCUCAAAAGUACUUUGCUACUUACAAGAGUGAAAACCUCACAAAGUGGGAUGUGCUAGAACUUAUUAAUAAGUGGUUUGCAGUUAUUGUUAUUAGCGAUUUGCUUUCUAUUAUAGGCUCUGUCUAUAAAAUUCGUGUUGAUGAAAGAGAUAUUCGAUUUUACAAUAUUUGCAGUGUGCUGCUUGGCCUUGGAGUGGUGCUUGUUUGGAUAGGCAUUUUACGUUUUUUCACUUACUUAAAAUCAUUUAAUAUUUUAUUGAUUGCUCUACGUUAUGCAGCACCGAAUCUAAUGCGUUUUAUGUUUUGCGCAAUGUUUAUUUUUACUGGUUUCACAUUGUGUGGAUGGAUAGUCAUGGGACCAUAUCAUGCAAAGUUCCAGACAUUUUUGUCAACUGCUGAAGGGUUAUUCUCAUUACUUAAUGGCGAUGAUAUAUAUGCAACAUUUUUGUUUAUGAGCCCUCUUAACAGCUCUGUGUGGGUAUUUAGCAAAAUCUACUUAUACACUUUUGUAUCAUUGUUCAUUUACAUCGUGCUGAGUACAUUUAUAAGUAUAGUGGGCGAUACUUACGAAAGACUCAAGGACUGGGGAAGAAUGCCUCCUACACGCAUUGAAGUUUUUAUUAUGGGUCGCUCAACUUCAGGAAACAGCAAUGAAGCAUUUACGCCAACUUGUUCAAGAUGUAUACGAGCAUAUAGCGUUGCUGGCCACGAUCUUGUAAUGAAUUUAACGAAUGAAUCUCUAGAAACUUUAUCCUCAAGACGGUUGUCUGUUGUAUCAGCAUCUAUAGAAUGAUUUAAUAUUUUAUAUCUGCAUAUAAUAUUAGACGUUUGUACAUAAUUAUCAGUUGUUAUAUAACUUAAUUUGCUUAUCUAUUUUAUACCAAUAUUAAUACCAUAAAAUCUAAUAGACACGUGUUUAACAAUUUAUUAGAGCAUAUUUUUGUCAACUAAGGACGCCACUAUUAAAGUUUGUAGCAGUUUUUUCAGCAUUUAAAAUUCUCAUAAGUUUUUAAUAA